CAACUUCGAAAGCGAUAAGGUGUAGAAACUUGAUGCACAAACCGAUAACAAGGUGAUAUUUGAAAAUUAUUUAUCAACUUAUUAGUUAAAACGUAAAUACUAAUAAACUUAUUUUUAAUUAAUUAUAUUACAAUUAUGUCACAGUAUAAAUAUCACAUCAUUGUGUAAUUAUGCUAAAGAAACAGUACAUACAAGAAGCUAUUCCAUUAUUACCAAAAAAUUUGAAUUCAAUAAAACAACAAAUACCUCCAUCAUCACUAGAAAUUCACUAUCAAGAUGACAAGACAAGUACUUGGUAGUCGCUUAUCGAAGUGAGUAGAGAUAGAGUAGGAUAUCGGUGCACCGUCCGAUACACAGAUCACCAGAUAUAAAGCCAAUUCUCUGAGAUUGGCCCCUCAGUCUUAUAUUGAAAGCAUCCAGGUGUAUCGAGUUUGUUAUUUUUUACUUUACUUAUCACUAGAAAGUUUAUUCAAAUUAUUUACAUUGUGUUGCAGUGUUUCUGAUUUAAUAAUAAAAGUUCUCAAACACGUCUACACGAUUGUUAACGUGAAUUUUUUUAUAAAUAAUUUAUUAUUAAUUAAAAUUAAACAUGAUAUCACUAUGGAGAUCUUGCUGUAUUCGAGUUCAACAAAGAUGGAUAUUUGCUUUUAUGGGGUUUUUGGCACUUUUCAAUGCCUACACUAUGAGAACUUGCUUAUCAAUUACCAUUACUGAAAUGGUAGUACCUCAAAAUCACACUAAUUCUACUAAUGAAAGUGAAGACACUUGUCCGGUAGAAGUUGUUGCUGAUCCACCAGUAGUUUCAUCGAGUGGAACUUAUGAUUGGGAUGAGUCUCUUCAAGGAAUUAUUUUGUCAUCCUUCUACUGGGGAUAUGUUUUAACUCAUAUUCCUGGUGGUAUGUUAUCUGAAAAAUUUGGUGGAAAAUAUUCUCUUGGUCUUGGAAUCCUUUCGACAGCAAUAUUUACACUAUUAACACCUUUGGCAGUAGAAUAUGGAGGUGCAACUGCUCUAAUUAUAUUGAGAAUAUUGAUGGGUUUAGGAGAAGGAACAACAUUUCCAGCAUUAAAUGCAAUGCUUGCUCAAUGGACUCCACCAGAAGAACGUUCAAAAAUAGGUUCAUUAGUAUUUGCUGGAGCUCAACUAGGAACUGUCUUUACAUCAACGAUAUCCGGUCUCAUUCUUCAUCAUUCACCAGUUGGUUGGCCAGCAGUUUUUUACGUUUUUGGUUGUAUCGGAGUUCUUUGGUUUAUUACGUGGACUCUUGUGUGUUACAAUAAUCCUAGUGAACAUCCUUUCAUAUCAGAUCAUGAAAAAAAAUUCCUUCAUGAGAGACUGAGUACUCAUACGCAUAAAAAACCCCCAAAUACUCCUUGGAGGCAUGUGUUUUCAGCUAAACCUGUUUGGGCUUUAAUUGCAGCUCAAAUCGGGCAUGAUUGGGGUCUCUUUACAAUGAUUACAGAUUUACCCAAAUACAUGAGCAGUGUUUUAAAAUUUUCAAUCAAAAGUAAUGGAUAUUUAUCAUCUCUUCCUUAUCUUUGUAUGUGGAUUUGUAGUAUUAUUAGUUCAUGGAUCGCUGACUGGAUAAUCACUGCUGGUCAUAUAUCAAGAACAAACGUUCGUAAACUUGGUACGACAAUUGCUUCUCUUGGACCAGCAAUUUUUAUUGUGACAGCUUCAUACGUUGGAUGUAAUGGAUAUACUGUUGUAGCAAUGUUUACUAUUGGUAUGACUUUCAUGGGAACUUUUUAUCCUGGCAUGAAAGUAAAUGCUUUAGAUCUCAGUCCUAACUAUUCGGGUACUUUAAUGGCUGUUGUUAAUGGAAUUGGUGCACUUACUGGAAUUCUCACACCUAUCGUUGUUGGAGAACUUACUCCUCAAAGUACAAAUGCACAAUGGAGAUUAGUUUUUUGGAUAGUUUUUUGUGUUCUCUUAAUCACCAAUGUUAUUUUCAUUUGCUGGGCAGAUGGAGAAGUUCAAUACUGGAAUGACCCAGACUUUGUAAAUGCAGAUCGUGCAAAGAGGAGGAAGAAAAUGGAAGGCAAAGAAAAAAUGGAAACAAGGCAUCCUUGUUAAAUUAAAAAUCAAAUGAAAAUAAUUUAACAUUGUCUUCUAAUUAUACAUACAUAAUAUAUAUAUAUAUAUAUAUAUGUACAUAGAU